GCAACUGCGUUUAUCUGGUACUCAAGCCAGCGCUGCAUUGACAGUUAAAACGUAAUAUUCGCGUUUAGUGAGGUUUCAAUGCUACUUUACAAUAUACGGUGGAAUUGGUUUGAUUCAUGUGUUAUUUAUUUCUCUUAGUACAUUUUUUAAAUUAUGAUUUUCUCCUCUUCAAAGUAGACAGUUGGCGUGCGGAUAAAUCGCGUUAGCUAAUUAGCUUGCUAGCUAACGUUAGCACGUCGAGCUAAUCUCCUUGCUUUUGAUAAUCCUCGUCUCGCUUCACCAUCACUAUCGUCUUGUAAUUCGGAUGGACAAUUUUAGCGAUAAGUUGUGAAGGCCAUACGGCUAAGGUGGACUGCAACUAAUGAUCCCUGAAGAUUCAUAGUCGGAUUAACUUACUUGGAAGAUUUGCAUCAGACUUUUCCCUCUCUCAAAGAUAAGACUCUCAGUAGAGAAAGAAGAUGGAGCUCCACCUAAAUCGAGUUGAUUAUAUUCAGGUUGGUGUGACCUCUCAGAAAACUAUGCGGCUUCUUCCAGCAUUGGGAAAAAAGGCAACCCAAAAGGUUGCUAUUGGUGAUCAUGAUGGUAUAUUGACAUGUUUUGGGAUGAAGAAGGGAGAAGCAGUGCCUGUGUUUAAGACGCUUCCAGGACAGAAAAUAUCCAGGAUGGACCUUGGAGGAGCUGUGGGAACUCCACAGGAGAAGAUCUUUGUUUGUUCUGGCUCUCAGGUCCGAGGAUUCACCAAGAAAGGCAAACAGUUCCUCACUUUUGAAGCCAACCUCACUGAGACCAUUAAUGCAAUGCACGUCUCAGGCGCUGACCUUUUUGUGAGUGCAAGUUACAUCUAUAACCACUACUGUGACUGCAAGGAUCAGGACUACUAUCUCUCUGGAGACAAAAUCAAUGAUAUCACAUGUUUGUCGUCAGAGAACCUGACACACCUUGUCCCAGUCCUGGCAUGCCAAGAUCGGGUUCUCAGAGUCUUACAGGGAUCCGAGCUUUCCUAUGAGAUUGAAGUGCCUGGCCCUCCAUCUGUCUUGGAAUUGUACAACAAAGAUGGAGGAGAGGAAAUCCUCUAUGGAACUACAGAUGGUAAAAUAGGAUUGGUCCAGAUCGGUGAGGGCUCAGCUGCGACCAAAUGGGAGAUCGACAAUGACAAAAAGAAAGGAGGAAUUCUCUGCAUUGACACGUACGACAUUAUUGGAGAUGGAGUGAAUGACAUUCUGGUGGGAAGGGAUGAUGGGACAGUAGAGGUUUAUGGUUUCGACGGAGCCAGUGAGCCCACAUUACGUUUUGACCAUAUACUGUCAGAGAGUGUGACGUCCAUCCAGGGUGGUUGCGUGGGGAAGGAGUCUUAUGAAGAGGUCUUAACUGCCACUUACACAGGAUGGGUGACUGGUUUGACCACUGAGCCCCAGAAGGCUGAGGCCGGCCCGGGAGACGAGGUCAGGAUGAGUAAAGAGAUCCAGUCCAAAGUAGAAGCACUCAGAUCGGAGCUGGAGCAGCUGCAGGUCAAAGUCUUGCAGGGACGAGAGCAAUACCAGCAGACCUCUCAGUCGAGCACAGCCGUCUCUGCUGUGCCCGUCUUCAGCAUUAAUGACAAGUUCACCCUCUGCCAGGACGACGCCAGCUACAGCCUCACCCUGGAGGUGCAGACUGCCAUUGACAAUCUGCUGCUCCAGAGCGACGUCCCCAUAGAUCUGCUGGAUGUGGAUAAAAACUCAGCUGUUGUCAGUUUCAGUGAAUGUGACUCGGAGCAGCCUAAUGGAAACUUCCUCCUGGCCACCUACAGAUGUCAGGCUAACACUACCAGACUUGAGCUCAAGGUGAGGUCCAUUGAGGGACAAUAUGGCACCCUCCAGGCCUACAUUACCCCCAGACUGCAACCCAAGACCUGCCAGGUCCGCCAGUACCAGAUCAAACCACUGUCACUCCACCAGCGCACACACAGCAUAGACCAAGACAGACCCAUGAACAGGCUCAGUCUGGUGGGACAGUUCAGUUUUGCAGAGAUCCACUCCUGGGUUGUCUUCUGUUUGCCAGAGGUGCCUGAGAAAACACCAGCAGGAGAGAGCAUCACUUUUUAUUUCCAUAACACUUUCCUUGGCACACAGCUUGAAGCCAACUACUGCAAAGGAGAGGGUCACUUCAGGUCAGACAACAUCUCUACCAUCUCCAUACUAAGUGAUGUCCUGUCUAAAGAAGCUACCAAGAAGAAAAUCAAUCUCAACAUUUCAUAUGAUAACAAUGAUGACUCUGUGAGCCACACCCUGAAAAUGAUCCAUCCAAAGCUGGAGUGCCAGUUGUUGCUGGCUAAAAAAGUUCAGCUUAUUGAUGCUCUUAAAGAGCUUCAGGUUCACGAGGGGAACGCUGACUUCCUCAUCCCAGAGUAUCGUAACAUCUUGGAUGAGUCUGCUAAUCUUCUCGAGGAGUACAAGAAGCAGCCAGCACACCUCGAGAGGCUUUAUGGAAUGAUCACAGACCUCUUCAUCGACAAAUUCAAGUUCAAAGGCCAGAAUGUGAAAACCAAGGUGUCCUCAUUAUUGGAGAUACUCGAUAAUUAUGACUUAAAUUCUCUGUUAGACUUUUUCAAUGAGGCAUGAUGUCAUACAGUUUAGAGGAUACGUAGGCCUAUUUAUUUACUUGUCUUUGAGGGUCUUGAUUUAUGCUAUUUUUGUAUUGUAAAUACAGAUGUUUUGUUUUAUGAUAGUUGCUAAAAGUGUCACAAUGUCAUGUUGUCAUACUAUCAUUUAGAUAAUGUUUGUUCUAUGUAUUGUAAACUAUGGUGUACAAUGAUUAGAUAUUUAUAAUGUAUUUUGAUAGCAUUUAAAAACAAGGGUGGUGAUUAAUAAACCACUACAAGUUUUCCCAGA